CAGGCAUUUGUCGAGGUGGACCCCAGCCAUCACUGUUGCAUAUUUGUCACACCCUCGCUGCCAUUUUUUGAAAAUCGAAGUAUUAAAAUGCCUCAUCAUGAUUUGCCGUUUCAGGCAGAAUAUGCGAAAAGUGGUAGAUCAUCUUGCAAACUCUGCAAAAAGACAAUAAGUCAAGAUUCACUGAGGCUUGCUGUUAUGGUGCAGGUAUGUUUAGUUUAG